CAGCGUUAGCUCUGUGGGUGUUUAAGCUCGAAGGGGAUAUUUUAGUCAUAACGCGAGUAGAUAUUAGUUUAUUUUGAACUAAAGUAACAAUGUCUUCAGUUCAGUAUUUAAAAGAGUUUGUCAACGAGCGACUGACUGCCGCUGCUGAAGAAAUAUUCGGAGUUUUUGAGAAAACUAUCGUCGAGUACGAAGAAGUGAUCGACCGUCAGCGCAGACUGCUGGAUGUCGUCUGGAAACCUGAAAUAAAAUCACCAAGUUUAGAGCUCCCACAGCAACAUGACUGUAAGGAGGACGAGAUUCUGGCCGACCAGCAGCUCUGUGUUCAGGAGAGGAGCUCCGGUCCGGACCAAGAGGAGCCAGAGCCUCCACAGAUUAAAGAGGAGCAGGAGGAGCUCUGCACCAGUCAGGAGGGAGAGCAGCUUGAACUGAAGCAGGAGACUGAUGCCUUCAUGUUGAUUCCUCCUUAUGAGGAAAGUGACGACAGUGAAGAUGACACUCUGAACUUUAAUAUCGAUGAAACGCAGAAUGUGGUGGCGGAAAACUCUCAAAACUACUUUUCAGAUAAAAGCUCUGUGGUAUCAGAAACACAGAGCGACCACCAGCUCCUCUCUCACAGCUAUGAUGAAGCUGAGAGCCAAAAUCAGACAGGAGGCAAACAUCAAAAAAGCAACAGUCGCAACAACAACACGUCCAGGAUUCAUCAUAAUACUCACAAAGGCAAGAAGUCUUUUAAAUGUGACACAUGUGGGAAAAGAUUAAGCGAUAAGUCGGCACUGAAUGCUCAUAUGAGAAUCCAUACAGGCGAGAGGCCGUUUUCUUGCAAAACAUGUGGAAAAGCUUUCAGAUUUAGAAGUCACCUGACAAACCACAUGAUCACCCACACAGGUGAGAAGUCAUAUUCUUGCAACACCUGUGGAAAAAAAUUCAGGGGCAACAGUGACUUAAUAGUCCACAUUAGGACUCACACAGGAGAGAAACCGUUCACGUGCAAAACAUGCGGGAAAGCUUUCAGUCGUCGAAAUAUCUUGGUAGUCCACAUGAGACUCCACACAGGUGAGAAGCCGUAUUGCUGCAAAACCUGUGGAGAAAAUUUCAUAGAUAAUCGCGACCUGCUGGUUCACAUGAGGAGAGCGCACACUGGCGAGAAGCCGUACCUUUGCAAGACCUGUGGGAAGAGCUACUUUCGUGCUUCUCAUUUGGCGAGACAUGUAAGAUCGCACGCAGGCGAGUAGCUUUGUUUUCGCGAAAUUGGGAGACAAGUUAAUCUGCAUGUUGACAGAAGGGAGGAGCCACAUAUGCAGCAUAUUAGAGAAAAGUUUUACUCAAAUGAUAUUUGGAAAAAAACAAAAGGAUACAUAAACACAGCAGAAACAAUUGAGCAGAAACGUUUUCAUUAACUUAAUAAAAUACAAGGUAGACGGUAGAUCUGUUAGUCAUUUUUAAACAUAGUUGAAACAUUGCUUGAAAAUGUAAUUUUAAUUUAACUUUGAUUGACUAUGUUUAAAAAAUGUCUAAUAAAUCUAGCUUGUAUAAACUCCCAAGGUUAGUGACAUUUUUUUGUUGCACAGUGGGUGCAUAAUUCUUAAAAAUGUUGACUCGAAUUUAAUAUUGUUGGAUUUUCUAAAAACAUUUUUUACACCAGCUUCACUAUAUGAGUUGACUGUGAACUCUGAGAUGAUGAUGAUGAUGAUGAUGAUGAUGAUGGUGAUGAUGAUGAUGAUGGUGAUGAUGAGAAAUCCUCUCUCUCCUGGUGUUUGGUCAUUUAUGUUGUCAUCCUGCCAGCUAGAGUCUUAUCUUUUUUUGUCUACAACAUGUCAUUAAAUUUUAUAUAUUUAUGUAUUUUGUGAUUGCAUCAAUUUGUUAUUAUUGUUGUUAUUCGGGAUUUUAUUACUAGAGUAGUAUUUCUUUGUCUGCAGUGUCAUUUAAUUUCAUAUGUUUAUGUAUUUUGUAAUUGCAUCAGUUUGUUGUUGUUAUUCUGGAUUUUGGUGAUGAUACACAAACCAAAAUUGCAGAUGAUGUUCAACAUGGUUCUGUUGAUAAAUCACCCUCAGUAACCAAUCAUUAGUUCUCUCGUGUAUUCUCACAAUACAGCUCUGUAAUAACAAUA